AUGGGCAAUUUCGGGGUGCCUUGGCCGUGGUCUGUUUGUGUCCUUCGGCCACCUGCGUUGUUGGCCUUGCUUGCGUUGCUUGCAAACAGGAGGGAUGUGCAGUGGGUGUGGGUUGCAGGCCGAGAGGAAGCGGCAGCGGAUGGAAGGAGGUGCCCAGGAGAGAUAGAAGGAGAGACUGGGUCCGGGAAACGAACCGAGGGAUGUCGAAAAUAUCGGUCAAGGCAGCAGAGGACGAAGUGGCAACUCGCUGAACAAGGAGACGACCGAAGAAAAGAAGAAGAAAAACAAAAACAAAAAAAAAUGAACGAAGCGGUCCCGCAAGUGGCUGACCGCACAGACGUGCCUUGGAGGGUGACGGACGACGGCCAAGGAGGGGUGCUCGGUGCACGAGAGAAGUGGCACGCGCGGGUUCGAGGAACGGCGAGAUGUUGA